AUCUUCUGUGUAUGUGUUAUUAUUUAAUAAAUCCGUGUUAUCUACAGCUCUGAUUGAUACUCACAAGUUUAAAAUCAAGUUUUUUAUUGACAGCAAAUUACACUGUUACGCCCAAUAUCAAAUAUCAGACAACACAGACGUGUAAAGGUGACUUAGAGUUCGGACAAUACGCUAUGGACAACAUCGAAAGACAGCACAAACGACCGUCUCGCGCGGUACCGUUAGCCCUCUAUGUACGGGUAGAUAUUAAUCUAUAAAACAAGCGAGAACUAGCGGAUAGGAUCGUAAAGCUAUACAAUCGAGACGAUAAAUAGGGUGUAUACUACAACCACAGAUAACAUAUAACUUGAGUGAUAUACACAUUUGCUCUAUUUUGUCGGUGGGAAUUUAAAUUGUAUAGUUUAAUGUCAUUUUCUAAAAUACAGCCGGUAAAGAACGGCCAGACGGAUCUAUAAAAACAUUGAAAGGAAGGUAGGCUAGUCAGUCGAAACCGAAAGACUAGAAAGUGAUAACGCCGAUUAUCAGUGACGUCAACAACAAUGAGACAAUGCACAAACUGAUGACGUCAUAAUAAUCAGGAUAGCAACAAACGGCAGGAUAGAGAAUCUGCCGCUCUGUUGUACACUUUAUACAAAAAAUGUAACACAAAAGGUUCUGGAUUGAACAGCAAAGAUGUCACGAAAUUCAUUUUUGCUGUCACUGACAAAGAAAAGCCCAUUCCCGGGAAACUUGUCGACAAACCGAUGGAGCGAUUUGUGUUCGCCAAGGAUAACGGAACUGGAUGUAAAGAUAUUCCUGGAAAACAACCCCAGCGUGUUCCGUCGUUACGUCAUGGACUCCGUCAGUGUUGAAACUUUGGACGAGUUGAUCAAACGUAAACGACGAGCAACGUCAUGUCGGGUGACAAAGAGGCACAAGGCACUUCUAGGGGACUACGAAUUACUGUCAACCAAGGAUGUGGCGUCAAAGUUGCUCGAGAGUGUCAACAGUAACAAUUUGCUUGGUCGUAUGGAGGAAUUGAGUAAGAUUCUCGCCCAGGCCGUGGAUGGAGACUCUCAUUCGCUUUACAUACCAAAAAACAACGAUACAGAACUACAUUUGUACCGGGGAGGCGUGACAAUUCCCUACGGACCCACGGGCAAGGGGACCACAGUGGCUGGGCACGUCUUCGAAACAAAGGCUUCGUUAACAGUGUCAGACCUGUCAUUAGAGUUAGGGAGGUUUCCAAAAGGGACAGGUCCUGGGGAAGCCAUUGAUGUCAGUGUUUUAUGUGUACCUCUGAUUCUUCCAUCUGAUGACAUCAUUGGCGUAAUAGAAGUCAUACGCAGCAGCAAAAAACAUCCGUUUUCUAAAACGGAUAUUCAAAUGGCACAUGCGCUCUUGAGCUGGAUGGUUGCCUGCAUCAACGAGAACACUUUGAAGCGAGUUUUAAACUCCCAGCAGCACCUGAACGACUUCCUUUUGGAAACGACGCGCAUAAUCUUCGAUGAGAUGACCAGUACUGACCUCCUUGUCCAGAAAAUCAUGAUGUUCACUAAGAAUUUGGUCAAUGCAGACCGGUGUUCGAUGUUUCUCGUGGACGAAGAAACCAACGAAUUGUACGCCGAUUAUUUCGAUGAAGGUUUGAAGACGGAAGAUGGUCAAUCUAUUAUUUCAAAGAAAACUCAAAUCCGUUUCCAUAGAGACAAAGGGAUAGCUGGUUAUGUGGCACAAAGUGGAAAGGUUGUGAACAUUAUCGAUGCCUACAUGGAUUCGCGUUUUAACUCGGAAGUAGAUAAACUUACCGGAUAUAAAACAAGAAACAUUCUGUGCAUGCCCAUUGUGAGCAAAGACCAGGUAGUGGGCGUGGUCCAGUUGAUUAACAGCAAACGAGGAGAACAUUUCACGAACGCGGACGAAAGCGCCUUCAGGAUGUUCUCGGUGUACUGUGCCAUGGCGCUGCAUUACAGCCGUUUGUACAACCUGCUAGUUCGCCAACAAAAUCAGUACAAGGUGGCUCUUGAGGUAAUCCAGUACCAUAUCGUGUGCAAAGAGGAGGAAAUGAAGGAACUGCUGGCAAAUCCUUAUAUCAUGGAAGAGGAGAUUCCAGAUGAUUUCUUCUCGUUCGAUUUCUGCGCGUAUCAUUUCGCACCUCUGCUCCCCCAGCUGUUUAUUCGCAUGGUGAUCGACAUGUUCGGAGAGGACACAUUUGAGAUGGAACAGCUGUGUCGGUUCACGAUCACUGUACGUAAGAACUAUCGCGAUAUCGCGUACCAUAACUGGGACCACGGGUUCCACGUUGCCCAUUCUCUCUGGUGCAUGAUGCGCGCAAGUCCGGAAGUCUUCACCAAGUUUGAACAGAUGGCGAUCCUCAUUAGCGGGAUUUGUCACGAUGUAGACCACCGUGGCUAUAACAAUGCAUUUUUUUCCAAGAUGAAUUUGCCUCUUGCCUCCCUCUACUCCACGUCCGUGAUGGAACAGCACCAUUAUAAACAUACGGUGACCAUUCUUCAGAUGAAUGGGAAGGGUAUUUUCUCCUUUCUUACGGCCCCGGAGUACAAAAAAAUGCUCGGAAUCGUACAAAAUUGUAUACUGGCGACAGAUCUAGCGCUUUAUUUUCCCAACCAGAAGUUACUAUCCAAACAACUCGAUGACGGCAAGUUUGAUCUGCAGGACCCCGCCACUAAAAAGAAAACGACCGCUUUGAUGAUGACCGGUGCUGACCUCUGUGCCAUUUCCAAGCCAUGGGAGACACAAGGGUUGACUGUCGAUUUCCUCUAUGAAGAAUUUUACGACCAGGGUGAUCUGGAGAAGAGCCACGGAAUCGAACCCCUGCCCAUGAUGGACCGCGAGCGCAUUCAAGAGCGUCCUCAACAGCAGGUUGGCUUCAUUGACUUCAUAUGCCUACCUCUUUAUAAGACGCUUCAUAGAAUCCUGCCCGGCUCCGAACCACUCCUUGAGGGGUGCAACAAGAGCCGCGAAGGCUGGUCAAGAAUGCUAGCGGAAUAUAUAGAGGAGGAGAGAAAGAGGAAAGAGGAGGAAACUGAAAAAGAAAGAGAGGAAGCAGAACUGACCGCGGAGAAAUCAGAAGAUGGGUCGACAACCGAUGAAAGUUGAAAUUACCGAAGGAGGAACUAAGGUCUAUUCAGUACGUGUAUUAGAGGAUUCCCCCGGUCUAGUGUGAUAUAAAUAGACUUAGGAUCAAACAGGGCAUUCCCAACAUGAUAUUAGUAGGAUUAAUUGUUUGACGAGAUUAUCAAGUCAAUGGCUGUACAAACGUAGGCCCUGGUUAAGUAGCAUUUUAUAUUUCGAACAUAUCAUUUGCCUUCAUUUGCUAUUUUCUAUUACUUUUCAUUGGUAGUUUUACGGUUUAGAAACUCGAUAACAAACAUGGACAUCUCGAACUUCAUCAAUCGCAUGCAUGGAUAUCUCGAACUUCGUCAGGGUUCCAUGGAAAUCUCGAAACUUCAUUACCUAUAUUCAAGAUACCUCAAACAGAUGUAUGGAUAAACUUGAACUUUAAGACGCACGCAUGUGAAUAAUUAAUAUUAUGAUAAUAACGUUAUUAAUUCCUCAUUUGGUUAACUGGAAUUGUCUCCGGUCCAAACGUCUUCCACUUCACGGGUUCAACGCACGUACAUUUUUUUCUUGAUAAUUAUUGAUAUAUUGCUAUUAUUUUUUUAUUUUAAUUGUUUUGGAUAUAUCUAGAUAAAAUUGUUAUGUAGAUAUUUUAACUUAAAAUGUAUGAAUUUUAGUGUAUUGUUGAUCAAAUUAUGUUCCCGUUCAUGUUAAAUAUUCAUUGUUGUUUAUGGUCUACUAUUCACAUUUUUGUGGAUAUUUAUGCCACAUACUACAUACAUACUAGCGAAAUGUUAGAAUAAUUUACAUUAGGAAUUUACAUGAUGAUUUAUAUUAUAGUUAUUAAAGACU